AGGAGUGGCGCAUCGGAAGACACGGCCUCACUCACUGUGGCCCUCAAGUGGGCCACUACAGCAGAUACCAUUGAUAGGCUCUAUAACGAGGCCUGCAUUUACGAGGGUAACCUAAAGCGUCUACAAGGCACAUUUGUUCCCAAAUUUUAUGGACUAUUCCUUGCAAAAAUUGGCGUGACGCCCGUCUGCUGUAUUGUCCUGGAGUGGUGCUGCGGGACGCCUACGCAAGAUAUUCGAGAACUUAACCGGCAGAAAAUGCUCGCAACCGCCCAAAUCCAUAGCGUGGGUGUCGACCAUGGCCUGCUUAAGGACGGUCAUCACUUCGUUGUCGACUCUAGGAACCGGUUGCGCAUCGUGGAUUUCGGCGUCGCGUAUGUGCAUGAAUGCAAAGGCGGUAUACCGCUCCUCAAGCGGCGCGACGAGAACACCCCAGAGGUCUGCAGCGAAUGUCGCGAGCUGCGCGAUAUGGAAAACACCUUUGGU